AAACAUAAUUGAUAAUUUGAGUGGCGAUUGUGGAGCAGCCAGACUGGCAGCCGUCGUUGUCCAACGUGAAUGUCUGCUGGCUAAUUGAUUUGAUUCCUUCCCGAUCUACGGCUAUGAUCGUCUCCUUAACCCAAGUCCUAAUCACUCAUAUCCUUGUUGUGAUGUGCGUCUGAUGACACAAAUCCUGUGAUCCAUCGCACGCUGUUUGGCGUCGCUCCGCCGUUUAUUUAGUCGACGGAUUUCCCACCUGAAUUGAAUACCGCUUUCCGAGACAAGGGUCUGCAGUGUGGCCUUCAACUGAGGGCUUAGAUUGAAGAGUCCUGACCGGCAUUGUUCUCGUCAUACACUGCAGUUUCAAGAUGGUCGUCCAAGGCUAUACUGUGGACUUAAACAAACCCCUUGUCUUCCAGGUUGGUCAUCUUGGCGAAGGUUAUGAGGAGUGGGUUCACCAGCCAAUUGUCAGCAAGGAAGGCCCUCGGUUUUUCGAAAGUGAUUUUUGGGAGUUUCUGACUCUCAAUCAUUGGUGGGCUAUUCCUGUUAUUUGGCUCCCAGUUGUCGUCUGGGCCUUCUCAAGAUCCAUUAUUAUGGGUCUUACAACUCCUCAUGUGCUGCUAAUGGCAGGAUUAGGCAUCAUUUUCUGGACGUUGGUUGAGUAUAGUCUGCACCGCUUCCUCUUCCAUAUUAAGACGAAGAGUUACUGGGGUAACACAAUUCAUUAUCUCCUUCACGGUUGUCAUCACAAGCAUCCAAUGGAUAGUCUACGCCUCGUCUUUCCUCCUGCUGCAACAGCCAUUCUUUUAUUUCCGUUCUGGAAUUUGAUCAAAUUAUUCUCCACUCCUUUAACGACUCCUGCUUUAUUUGGUGGCGGCCUACUCGGUUAUGUUAUGUAUGACGUAACUCAUUACUAUGUUCACCAUUGCCACCCAACCAGUCAAAUACCAAAGAAUCUCAAGAAAUAUCAUCUAAAUCAUCACUUCCGCGUCCAGGAUAAAGGCUUUGGCAUUACUUCCUCGCUCUGGGACAGAGUAUUCGGAACUCUGCCACCAAAAAUGGGCAAGAAGAGUAGAUGAGUUGUUUCUUGCGGAUGAAGCAUUAGUUGUCCAAAUGGCAUUUUGAGAGUUUUUGAUAAUCCAUUUGUGCCAGAUUUCGAAUGUAUGUUUGAUGCACACACUUGAGACUCUCAGCCUGUAUUUUAUUGUGGAGUAGUUUAGCGGGCGUCUGCGUGCCUGUUUAGCUGUGCAACUACUAUAAUGUAUCAUGCCAUUCUUGUGAAAUUUAUUUAUUUUUCCAGCUACUAAAAGUAUCUAAACAGAAUGUAAUAUAAGCCAAUUUCAACAUUACAAUGUAAAGGAGCAAACUUAUAGAUCCUGAUCA